CCAUUCCAACUUAAUUACAAUACCCUUUGAAUUUUGAUAGUGAAAGCAAAUCAUAAUCCAAAGCAAGAUGCCGGUAACAAGUUCCAGUCCCUUGAUAGUCUCUUUUGGAGAGAUGCUGAUCGAUUUUGUCCCUGAUGUAGCUGGCGUUUCCUUGGCUGAAUCCACUGGUUUUCUCAAGGCCCCUGGUGGUGCACCUGCCAAUGUUGCCUGUGCCAUCACUAGGCUCGGUGGCAGCUCUGCCUUCAUUGGCAAGGUUGGAGAUGACGAGUUUGGACGGAUGCUGGUGGAUAUUCUGAAGCAGAAUGGAGUUAACAGCGAGGGCGUCUGCUUCGACAAGGAGGCCAGGACAGCACUGGCGUUCGUGACUCUAAAGACGAACGGGGAGAGGGAGUUCAUGUUUUACAGAAACCCUAGUGCGGAUAUGCUCCUGAAGGAGUCGGAGUUGAAUAUGGGUCUCAUUAAGAAUGCCAAGAUUUUCCAUUAUGGAUCCAUAAGUUUGAUAUCUGAGCCAUGUAGGUCGGCUCACAUGGCAGCCAUGAAAGCUGCCAAGAAUGCUGGAAUUUUGCUUUCCUACGAUCCCAAUGUACGUUUGCCUUUGUGGCCCUCUCCGGAGGCUGCUAGAGAUGGGAUCAAAAGCAUUUGGAAUUAUGCUGAUUUUGUCAAGGUUAGUGAUGAUGAAGUGGCCUUCUUAACUAAUGGAGAUCCUCAAAAGGAAGAUGUGGUUUUGUCUCUGUGGAGUAAUAAUCUCAAGUUGCUUCUUGUCACAGAUGGAGAAAAGGGUUGUAGAUACUUCACUAAGAAUUUGAAAGGAAAGGUGGAAGGCUUCUCAGUGAAAGCUGUUGACACAACCGGUGCUGGUGAUGCUUUUGUUGGGGCUUUUUUGGUUGCCAUGGCUAAAGAUCCCAAUAUUUUCAAUGAUGAAGGGAAGUUGAAGGAGGCUCUGGUGUUUGCAAAUGCUUGUGGAGCAAUUUGUACAACUCAGAAAGGAGCAAUUCCAGCCCUUCCAACAACUGCACAGGCUAUGGAGCUUGUCAAGUCCAAGGCUAAAUAAAUCCAUCUCAUUUUCUUAAGAUAUAUGUUUCUCAUUUUCCAAUUUUCCACCUAAGAUGUUUGGUGAUGUAAAUAAAUAAGGGUACUAGCUACUAGCUAGUAUCUAAGCUAGUUAAAUGCCAUAUUUAGGUUUUUUUUUUUUCUUUUUAUGGUACAUGCUAGUUUUAAAUUCUAAAUUCUGAAUAAUAAAUAGUUAGUUCAGUU